UGUCGCGCACACGCUGGUGACAUCACGCGACGUUUUUAGUGCUAUGGCGUACCAGGAAGGGGAGUCGCUUGAAUCUUGGCUCAAUAAAGCCACUCACCCAACAAACAGACAGGAGGACUGGGAGUACAUUAUAGGCUUCUGUGACCAGAUCAACAAGGAACUUGAGGGUCCACAGAUAGCUGUAACGUUGCUCGUCCACAAAAUACACUCACCACAGGAAUGGGAGGCACUCCAGGCUCUGACUGUAAGAAAUAUUUCACCUGAAUAUAAUCAGGCUUUUCCUUCUCUUAACUAUUGUAGAAUAUAUUUAAUUGAAAUAUUUUGUGCACAGGUUUUAGAGGCAUGUAUGAAGAACUGUGGGAGAAGGUUUCAUAAUGAAGUUGGAAAAUACAGAUUUUUAAAUGAGCUUAUUAAAGUUGUGUCCCCAAAGUACAUGGGUGACAGUGCACCUGAAAAAGUCAAAACAAAAAUUGUGGAGUUGUUGUACAGCUGGACUGUUGCGUUUCCUGAUGAAGCUAAGAUUAGUGAAGCUUACCAGACACUCCGAAGACAGGGCCUUGUGACACGUGACCCAGAGCUACCGCUGGACAGGACUCUAAUGCCCUCACCCCCAACGCGGCCCAAACAUCCAGUGUUUGAUAAUGAGGAUAUGGGCAAGCUGCUUGCUGAGCUGCUAAGGAGUAAAAAUCCAGAAGACCUUCAGGAAGCCAACAGGCUAAUUAAAAAUAUGGUAAAAGAGGAUGAGGCACGGGUGCAGAAAGUAACAAAGCGCAUGCACACACUGGAGGAGGUGAACAUCAAUGUGAAGUUGCUGACUGAAAUGCUGUCCCACUAUAAUAAAGACAGCUCGACUGACUCAGACAAAGAAAUUAUUAAGGAACUGUAUGAGCGAUGUGACAAGCUGCGACGUGCUGCUUUCAAAAUGGCCACUGAAACAGAGGACAAUGACACCAGUUUAGGUGACAUCCUGCAGGCCAGUGAUGACCUCUCCAAGGUCAUCAGUUCCUAUAAGAAGAUUGUUGAGGGGCAGCCGAUCAACGGUGACAGCGAGGACCCUCAGUCUACAGCCUGUCACUGUGAAAGUGCAGAGACGACAGAUACACUGAUCGACCUGGCUGGUAUUGACACGCCGAGUCCUCCUCAUCCUACUCCUCAUCCUGGUCCUCCUCCUCAUCUUCAUCCUGCUUCUCCUCCUCAUCUUCAUCCUGCUCCUCCUCCUCAUCUUCAUCCUGCUCCUCCUGCUUCUCAGCCAUCAAACCCUUUCACCAUCGAUCCCACAGCUUCUCCCAUCCCUGUGCUGCCUCCUCCUCCAAAACAUCUCGGCAGUCAGACCAACAGUCCCAGCCACCCUCCUCUGGACAAGGCCUCCGCUGCUCUCUCACUCCUUGAUGACGAGCUGCUGUCUCUAGGACUCAAUGACCCCCCUCCUACUCAGAGCAGCCAGUCAAAACCCAUGUUGAAUGAAGUUUCCCAACAGUGGACCUCCUUACAGGCCCCAGCAUCAAGUGUGGACAUGUUUGGCAGUGUAGGAUAUUCAAGUCUAGUGUUGCCGCCAGCUGAAACAGCUGCCACAAACAGUCUCCAGAACCUGCAAGACCUGGCCAUGAUUGGUUUUUCAGAUCAGAAAAGUCUGUCCAGGGGAAGCAGCUUUGGGAUGCCGUCUGCAGUGCCUCCCCUUGGACCUACACAGGGCUCCCCGUCCUCAGCCUCUCUGUUCCAGGGUGCGAUGCCAGGCUCUCCUGCCUUGUCCCAUACCAAAGCCCAGAGCCUGGGCUCAGCCCCCGGCAGUCCGUUGUUCCGAUCUCUGUCCCCCUGUCACCCUCCUCUACAGGGCAGUCCAGGCAGAGGCCCAGAUGUCUCCCUGAACAAUGUCCACGUCCCUUUGGAGGCCAUCAGACCAAGUAAAGUGCUGCCUGUGACGGCUUAUGAUAAAGAUGGUGUGCGGGUGUUGUUGAACUUUGCAUCUGAGUGUCCUCCAGGAAGGCCUGAUGUGCUGGUAAUGGUGGUGUCCAUGCUCAAUACAGCUCCCCUCCCUGUUCACAGUGUGGUACUGCAAGCGGCUGUUCCUAAGUCAAUGAAAGUGAAGCUUCAGCCUCCAUCAGGAACAGAACUGGCUCCAUUUAACCCCAUCCUACCUCCAGCUUCUAUUACACAGAUCAUGCUGCUGGCCAAUCCAAUGAAGGAGAAAGUACGUCUGCGCUACAAGCUGGCGUUCACACUAGGAGACCGUCAGUGCAAUGAGGUCGGAGAGGUCGACCAGUUCCCCCCUCCAGAGACAUGGGGUCACCUAUAGCAGCGUUCAGGGCCUGCGACCACCCCAAAGGGUUGUGUGUGUAAUCGCAUCCAUUCCACAGAGAAAACAGUGGAAAGUCGUCGUAACAGCAACAACUACUGUACCUUUCAGCUUCACACUCCUAUUUGUUGUUUUUCGGUUCUUAUUGGGUUUUUUUUGUUUUAUCAGCAAUGACAAACUAACAGGUAUCGAACAGUUUAUGUAUACAGUGCUUGUAUACGUUCCUGCACAAUUAAGAUAGACACUGGUAAGAAAGAAAGCCAUGUUUACCACUCAGAUGUAUUAAGAUAAACAUUUUAAUGGAUUCUGACUAACAUAAAUAUAACAAAAUUGACUCUACUAUAAAUAUUCAGUGCAUUAGAGCUUCGCCUCAGUCAAACCAAACUAAGUCACCAGAGCACUACCACACAACAGCUGAGCUUUUAUUUAUCCCUCUGGCUCUGCAGAAUAUACUUGAAUAUGACAUGGAAAUGGUGUGAAGUUGAUUUUUUUAGGAUGGAUUUAAACUGGGAAUUUAACCAUGUCCUGUUACUUUGGAAAGCCUGUUGAUUUCAUGAGUUCAUUAUAAUUAUUUCAGCCAUUUGUAUUUUUCUGUGUUAUUGAGCUUAUUCUAUGAAGAUCAAAAUCCAGCAGUGUUACUUUUGUGCUGUAGAAGAAAAAUAAACCCAAUGGCACUUUUAGUUUCAGAUGACUUGACUCCAUGAAUCUGAAACAGUAAAAAUUAUUUGCUUAGAUGGUCUAUGUGGGCUUUCAGGCUUUUUGUUUGGUUUUGUCAGUGUUGAGUGCUUUUAUCAUAAUUGUUUUACAGUAUUUCAGUGUAUCACUGAACCUAGAAAACGUGAGGUGAAUUAUCAGAAUUUAAGUUUGAAGGAAAAUCUGUCACCGGGCAGAUUACAGUGUGGAAGGAGACUGAACUAAUUUCCUAAAUUCACUCCAUCCCCUCUCCCCUUUGUCCUCUCUCUGCUAGUCCUCAAACUCAUCGUCAUACGUCAUGUACAGAAGUGUGUGUGAUGUCUAUAGAAUGUACUGUACCUGUCGUUUGUUGUAUGACAAGUUUUGUGUAUGUGUGAUGUAGAUUUUGGAAGAGUGUUAGGUCUGUACAUACUGUAUGAUGUGCCAUUUGUUUGCUGCAUGAAGAAAUAAAUAUUUCUUUCAAUGGA